GGCCUUUUCCAUCAAGCUACGUCGUAUCUGUUCAGAUUUCCGACACAAUUCAUUCCUCAUCCUCGCCAACCCUAACUGGGAUUUUCAGCCUCAUUUCUUGACCUCCUUCAAAUCUGUGAGAGUCUCCAUUAGAGUCAUGGUACCAUCGUCAUAAUUGUUGGCUGGUUCCAACACCACUCCCGUCCUCGAACGAUCAAUCCUUCGCAUGUCCUGAUUCAACCCCAACCUAGAGGGCCUGCCCCAACCUACGGAUACAAUACUACUUGAGAAUAAUCAUGGGUCCUAUCGAGUUCAACAAAAGGCGGAUACUCAUCCUUGUAGCAGCCGUCAUCGCGUUUGUCAUUCUCCUCAACGGCUUGACCUUUCACGACAGUCUCAAAGACGCGGCCGCCCACAUUCCUCUGCCCAUAAACCUGACCCCUACUGGCCACACACCACAUGUCCCCUUCGAAGAGGAUGAUGACGAUAUCUGGGAUCUUGACGAUCCGGACGAAGCUGAAGCGCCGCCUCCACCUCCUGCGCCUUCGUCACCAUCAACAUCCGACGAUGGCGCAGCUCCUCCACACAACCCCAAGCAACCUGCGACUCCCGUCAAGGCGACUCUCGACUCCCAUCCCAUCGCGCAGAUGAUGGAAGACGCCGACAAACAAUGGAGGAUAUAUGAGAGUAGUGUCUCUACCACAUUUCGACAGACAGUGGAAAAGUACCGAAGCACACAUGGAAGACAUCCUCCUCCAGGAUUCAAGGACUGGUACAAGUUUGCUCGCGAGCGCAAUGUCUUCAAUAUUGACGACUUCCAACAAAUCAUGGACGAUCUUCGUCCAUUCUGGUCCGUCAAUGCAUCCGAUAUUCGGAUCCAUGCAGCUCACAUGGCCGAGAAUCCUAAAUUUGGGGCUGCAGUCAUCAGCAUUCGCAAGCACAAGGUGGCCAACGUUCUGAACGGUAGUUGGAGAUCAGAAACAAUGGUCAAGGUGAUCGAUACUUUUAUCAAGUAUUUACCAGACAUGGACAUUGCCAUGAACCGGCUCGACCAACCCCGUCUUCUAGUGCCUUGGGAGGAUCUGCAGGAAAUGCUCAAUCGAGAAUACGAAUCUCGAGCCAUGCCUCCUGAAGUCUUGGACAGCUUCACCGUUGAUCAGUCGGAAUUUUUGGACUUUACCAUCGAAGAUCCCAAGGACGACCCAUCCACCCGCCUGGACGGUGGUUGGUUCUUCCGACCUGGGCAGCAGUACAUGGAUGUCGCAUCCAAAGCCUGCCCCCCAGAAUCUCCGGCCAGGGCUAACUUGACCAUUGCAGAGGCGGACGCCUUGUACAAAGAUCCCUUGUCUGGGAUUGUCAAGAAUUUCAAUCUUUCAUCGGACUUAUGCACAGUCGGCCCUACCAUCCAAGAUCUUCAUGGGAUGCUAUAUUCCGCCAGCAGCAUGAUUGUAUCCCAUAAACUCGUGCCCAUAUUUGGCGAAUGCAAGGUCAACGUCAACAAUGACAUUUUAUUCCCCGCCAACAUGUAUUAUCGACAUGACGUCCGCUACGACUACGACCCGAAGGAUGAUGUGGAUUGGCGUGAUAAGAAGAACGACAUUAUUUGGCGUGGAGUCACCUCAGGCGGUGUCCAAUUAUCCAGCAAUUGGGCUACCAUGCAUCGACAGCGACUAGUGCAAUUGUCCAACGGUACUUAUGUCAAGGAGGCUGGUGUCACAGCCAAGAUUUUGUCUCAGAAACGGGCUGGGACCACUCCUCAAAACAGCUCCUAUGAACCGGUGGCAAACUUCGAGCCAUCCCAAUUCGCCAACGAACAUAGCGACAUAGGCUUUGUGGAAGCCUGGGGCUGCGUGCCAAAUUGUAGUUUCUACAACAACAUCUUCUCGUGGAAACCCCAGGUUCCUCUUACAUCACAAUUCAAGUCGAGAUACUUGAUCGAUAUUGACGGUCACUCGUUCUCGGGUAGAUGGCAUGCAUUCUUACAAAGCAAGAGUUUGGGAUUAAAGGCCACUAUUUUCCGAGAAUGGCACGACAGCAGACUGUUUGCUUGGCGUCACUUUGUCCCUGUCGACAACCGCUAUGAUGAUCUAUAUUCUCUACUGACGUAUUUCAUUGGCUAUGGCAGUCCCAACAUGGAACAUGCUUUGGAAGCUGGAGAUGCCAACCCUCAAGUCUACGUUCCCCCACAUGCCAAAGAAGCUCAAACACUGGCCAAGCAAGGCCGAGAAUGGGCCAACAAAUCCCUGAGGCGCGAAGACAUUGAAGUAUACAUGUUUCGACUACUUCUCGAGUACGGACGUUUGAUUGAUGAUAACCGCGACUAUAUUGGGUAUUCCGGUGACGGAAGUGAAUUGGACAAAUACGAUGCCGGCGAAGAGGGCCGAUGGGGCAUCGGUGGAUGGAAAUGAAGAUACAAUAUGAUGUGCAUUAUCAAGGGAUAAGUCCCAAUUAUAGGAUGGUUUCUCGACCUACAACGGCAACGCAUGUUUGGAUCAUUCGGCUAACCGCUUUAGCCGAGAGCGAUCGUCUGUUUAUCAUUAAAACCAAGGGCGAUUUUCCUGCCAAUGUUCAUGUUUGGCAUACUGAGCAGUCCAAAACCCCUUGACGUCGAUUGUUAUAUACAUACCCUUCUGUACUUAGUCGUAGCCAAUAAGCGAUGCUUUGGUGUAAAA